AUGACCCCCAUCCUCGGAGCCUCCGGUCUUGGCCGUUGUGGUCGAUCGACCCAAGCCAGCACACUCGAUCUCUCGAGCUCGAGCUCGUCCUCUCGACGUCACAGCAGCUCCUCCCAGGCUCGCAAAUCCUCUCACACCAGCUCCCUCAUGGACGACUGGAGUGACGCUUUCACAGGUAUUGUCGAUCUCGACCGUCGAAUGCGACAACUCGCCAUGUCCGAACAAGGCCUUGAACCACUCGACUCCUCCACUCAACUUGAUGUCUACGAACCCUACUCUCCUCUCUCACCCUCCCGGCUCGAGUCUUUGCAGCAUGUGCAUUCCCGCAGGAAAAGCUCAACCGAUGCAAGAUCCGGUAGCAUCUCUCAACCCUCCCUCACUACAGGUCGAAGCUUUCCAUCCUUCACCUCGCACCCAACCAACACUACCGCAUCGUCCAGCUCGACCACCGCGACUUGGCGCUUCUCACAGGACUCUCGUGCCCACUCAUCCUCUCUACUCGCAAAGCGAAGAUCGAGUGCAACAAGCACAAUCGAUUCCUUCGACAGCACCCACAGUCCAAUACGUCUUGCACCACUCCCUGCCUCACCCUCUGCUUUCGGCAACUACCGUCUAACAGACAGCACCUCGCUUCCUCGAACUCGGCUCAUGCUCCCAGCCACAUGUUGGUCCAGCUUGGACGAACAAGACCCCCUAACCCCACUCGCUAUCCCUUCUUCUCAGCUCGACCCAAUCACACCCACAACGGCAGCUGCUGCAACAUGGACCGAUCCCACAGCUCCCUCUUAUUUCCCAGCCGGACUAAGCGAUCUCAGCAACAAAAAGAAACCUCGUUUGCUGCGGAAGAAAGCUGCCCGCCCUCCUUUACCCAGCUUGGUUUCUGCCCAAGUCGUCUCUUCGCCCACGGCUGAAUCCGGACUAGUUGGUGACGAUAGGGAUCGCCUGCAAGUAGCCGUUACCCUUCCCGCUAAUAUGGGUAAAGAUGAGUCGGGUCGAGCUUAUACAUUGAGACGUUCAGCACAAUCUUUGGCGCUCAGCUUUAGGUUUAAGAUGCUCAGAGCGAAACGCAAGGUGAAAAGGUCUGGUCAAGGUGCUGUAGACCUUUUUGCCGCGGCCGCUUCCCAGACGAGUUCGGGCGAGGCAACUAGCAUUUCGAUUUAG